AUGGUUGUCCACAUGGAACACCCACAGACCGAUACAUACCAGUCGCCGCCGCAGCGGCCGCGGGUUACCAAGCAGGCUGCAUGCAUCUUGUGCCACAGUAAGAAGCUGAAAUGUAAUCGUGUUCCGGGUCAGGUCCGUUGCGAACGGUGUACGCAGUUCCGGACAGAGUGUGUCAUCCCGAAUCACCCACUGGGGCGGCAAAAGGGGGUCAAAAACAAGCGAAAGGGAGUCGACAAGGCUCUCCAUCAGAUCGAGCAGGCGAUCAAGAAGUCUAAAAGCUCACCAGGGGACGAAGAAGAAGUUGGCGAUCCUGUGAAAGUCAUUGCGCAUUUACAAGACUUACUGGAUAAGGCGCAAAGACAGCUCGCUAGUCGGAAUCCAGUUGUUCGAACCGAUUUUUCUGGGAGCAAUGCCACAUCCGUAUUGUCUCAGGCGCAACAACCUAGUGCAGCAAGACUAAGCAGCGAUGAUGUCGCACUGGACGAUGCCGAGAACCCUCUACAGCUACUUGCUCGCGCUUCAGAUUUGCAAUUGGUACCACCUGCGAUUGCCCGGGCAUCGAACUCACCCAAUUCCUUGUCCUCACCCGGAACUGUAUACAUGAACCACCCAGUUCGGGGUGUUGACUCCUUCUUUGUUCCAAUGAAGGCGAGUCUAGAUAUUGGACCAGAGUUGGACCCUGUAGAUCUCGGCUUAAUAACUUUUGAAGAUGCAAAAGAUCUCUUUACUUUUUUUUACGAUCGUCUGUCACAUACCCGUUGGGGCUUCGACCCUGCUAUUCACACAGUAUCAUUUGUCCGAGUCCAUUCAUCAUUCUUAUUUACAUCCAUCUUAGCUGCAUCGGCGUCCUUCCUGCCGUCUACAGAAGCUCUUUCGAGACGACUUUCGUCCCACGUCAAAUUCCUAGCACAGAACGUUAUUGCACGUCGUCAUCGGUCGGUUGAGAUUGUGCUCGCGUUCAUGACAAAUAUCCCCUGGAUGGCACCAGGCAGGGUACUUGGAGAUGACGACACUUGCUUGUAUAUUUCUAUGGCACUAAGUAUUGCCCUAGAUCUAUCGUUGAACAAAGUAGCAACUUUGCCGCAAACCACAGCUGGAGGCCAGUUUGCAAAAGCUGAUUGCAUCGAUGCUCGGAGAGCACUAGCGAUGGACGGAUUUGAAGAUGUGGUAGCUAGUUCGGAGUAUGGUCGCAGAUUGCUACGCCGAAGAGAAAGAACGUGGAUUGCUUUAUUUGUGGUCGAAAGAGGGGUAUGUUUAGCUCGCGGGCGGAGCUACUCAGUGCCGAUUACGGCACUUUUGGAAAAUUGCGAUAAGUGGCACUUGGAGGACAGAGACAUUGCAGACCCUCGUGAUGGACAAAUGAACUCAAUGGCCAUACUACGAAGAGACCUUGAUGAGCUUCUACGCAAAGUUCGACGUGCAUGCGAUGACUAUCGCAAAACGGAUAAUGGAAUUGACAUUGCUCGCUCAAUCAAAUCUAUGAUCGAGAGCUUUUACGAUUCGUGGUUCGCCAUGUGGGCUUUAUCUAUUAGCGAAGGCGAUUCACAAUCUUUACCGCCAUAUGUCGAGAUCUUGGUUACACAUACUCGACUUUCAACAUAUAGUAGUGUCAUGAACCAUCCAACAGCUCCGACUGAAGUCCGGUCUUUCUUCCGGUCGGAGGCCUUGUCAUCGGCACUCAACGUGAUGCGCACAGCUACUCAGGGAGAGUCGCGACUCAAAUCCAUGCCCAACAAUACCGUGAUCAUGAUCGCCUUCGCUGCUUGUUCAGCUUUGAGUCUCGGCUUCAUAACAACCAAACAAAAUGAGAACCGCCUUGCGCCGAGUGUUUUGAAUCUUAUUACAGAAACAGCAGAUGUUCUAGAAAGGAUAGGAGCUACUCCACGCCACCGUAAUGGCGCCUCAGUCCUUUACGGACGGUUUCUGCACGAGCUUGUCGCCCGUGCCCGUGGUCAACCCGAUGGUUAUCACAGUCCCCGGCAACAGCAACAGCCUCCUCCAAUGCAACCAUAUCACACGGCUAGAAAUUACAGCCCCAAUGAUUCACGCGCAUAUACACAGGGAUACUUACCGCAUCAUCCUCCGCCAAACAUUUCACCUUCUACUCAGCACAUGGGAUAUCCCCUAGGUCAACCGUUACAAUUCUCCUCCAUGUCGGGAGAUCAGAUCGUCGAUGCUGUGAAUAGCGUCUCAUUACCAAUGGGAGAUGCGGGGGCCAUGCUACCGGAUUAUCAAAAUUUUCCUCUAAACGAAAUGAUGCUCUGGGAAUGGUUCGAUAAUUCCAAUGCAGCCGAUUUGAAUUUCAUAUCGCAUCCACGUCAGAAACUAGCGACAUACUCAAUAAAUCGACGCGCAUACACUACAACAUUUCCCCGCUACUCUGAGCCUCUCGCGCCCCGAAUUGUCCGCGGCGAAUCCAAACUCUUCUCCUCCGCCGAUGACGCGGUCGCCGACCUCAGAUCCGGCUCGACUAUCCUCUCGGCCGGCUUCGGAUUGUGCGGUGUAGCUGAGACACUCAUUCAAGCUAUUUCUCGCCGUGGCCCUCAGGGCUUACACUCCCUCACAGCCGUUUCUAAUAAUGCUGGUGUCGCCAAAGUUGGUGGACUGGCUCUUUUAGCCGAUGCGGGACAGAUUUCGCGACUCAUUAUUUCGUUUUUGGGAAACAAUAAGACGCUUGAGAAGAACUACUUGACGGGGAAAAUUGCCAUUGAGUUGUGUCCUCAGGGCACAAUUGCGGAACGGAUUAGGGCCGGUGGUGCGGGGAUUCCUGCUUUUUACACGCCCACGGGAGUGUCGACGUUGUUGCAAGAAGGUCAGAUUCCGGUUCGUUUGAGCAGUGAUGGGAAGGUUUUGGAGCAUGGGAAGAAGAGGGAGGUGAGAGAGUUCAAGGGAAGGAAAUUUCUUAUGGAGGAGGCUAUUACGGGUGAUGUGGCUAUACUGAGAGCGUGGAAGGCUGAUGAGGCCGGUAAUUGCGUAUUCAGAUAUACAACCAAAGCCUUUGGCCCUAUCAUGGCCAAGGCAGCCACCUUGACUAUCGUCGAGGCCGAGGAAAUUGUGCCUGUAGGAUCAAUAGAUCCCAACGACGUCGACCUACCAGGAAUCUUCGUUGACCGAAUCGUUCCUGCAACGGCCGAAAAACACAUUGAAAUCAAAAAGCUACGAGAAGCGGACAAUACUUCAUCCACAACUAAAGAAACACCCGAAAUUGUCCAGAGGAACCGCAUCGCCAAACGUGCUGCCAAGGAACUGAAAGAAGGAUAUUACGUUAACCUAGGAGUUGGCAUUCCCACACUUGCCACCUCGUUUUUGCCAGAGGGUCGCACAGUUUGGGUGCAGAGUGAGAAUGGUAUACUGGGCAUGGGGCCGUAUCCGGCCGAGAAUGAGGUUGACCCGGAUAUUGUCAACGCCGGCAAAGAGACCGUCACUCUAGUACCGGGCGCCUCGACUUUUGAUAGCUCAGAGUCCUUUGGCAUGAUCCGCGGCGGCCACGUCGACGUCUCUAUCUUAGGGGCCCUCCAAGUUGCCGCCAACGGCGAUUUAGCAAAUUACAUGAUCCCGGGCAAAGUGUUCAAGGGUAUGGGUGGUGCAAUGGACCUAGUCUCCAAUCCGAACAAUACAAAAAUUGUCGUUGCGACCAGCCAUGUUGCGAAAGAUGGGUCGUCAAAGAUUGUCCAGAAAUGCGACUUGCCGUUGACAGGGGCGAAGUGCGUUAGUACGAUAAUCACUGACUUGUGUGUGUUCGAAGUGGACCGAGAGAAGGGCGAGUUGACGCUGACAGAGCUGGCGCCUGGUGUUGAUGUGGAUGAAAUUAAGGCAAAGACUGACGCCGAGUUUAGAGUUGCUGAGAACCUGAGGGGAAUGGAGUGA